AGAAAAGAAAACAGCCUUUCCCUCUCUUCGUGGGGCCUUGUUGCGUUGCUACGUUUUCAGAGGAAAUGGUUGGCCUGCAGCUCCAGGAAUAAUGGACUUUAUAGACGUGGAAUUACUCGAGAAGAACUGAAGAGUGAAGCUGGAGUUGAUGGAACCUGAAAUGGAAUAAAUGGAUUAUCCUUUUUUGGUGGGAUAUUGUUUUAUUUUUGCCAUGGAGCCAUUUGCAAUUAAAUGGUGGUUGACUGACAAGAACAAAGGCUAAAAAGCAACUAAAUGCUGAAGAAGCAGGAGGAACUUGGACCACGUCGAAACAAAAACGUUACUCAAGUGGGGACCAAAUCCUUCUUCAGAGCAAAAAUCAUUCACGCAUUGUGUUUGCCUUCGCGCCCUAGAGCUGAUGGGAAUAUCCAUGAAGUGUUUGCCUCCUGGACUGAUAAGUGAGGAUCUACAUUCAAAGUGUUUGAUUCUGUUACUGGAGGUUUUGUCUCAUGCAGGUGUGAGUCAGAUCCAGAGAAACCUGCACAACUUGAAAAACUGAAGGAUGCCUGUAACACAGAUCGGUGUUAAUGGUGUUUUUGAUAUAUUUUUGGGGAGUUUAGCAGUUUUCUAAAAUUGGAUCACACCUUAUUUUAUUCCUGAAACAGCUCAGCCCGCUUGAGCGGUUGUCAUAUACUGAGUGUAUCCACUUGAAGUCAUUUAAAGUUGAAGAUUUCUCCUGGUGAUGAGGCUCAUGAAAUCAUUGCCUUCUCAGUGCCAAAUUGUUUUAUCUUUGUGGAAAUGACCGCUCAUUUUUAUUCUAACAUUUUUUUAAAGUAGAAAUUUGACUUUACAUAUCUUUUGUUUACUAAAAGCAAGAAGAAGCUUGCGAUCACAACAAAAAAUGUAAUUUUAAAAAAGGGCCUUUUCCAUUAUUAAGAAAAAGUGUUUUAAACAUCUGUUAUAUAUAUUUUUAUCUUGCUGCAGCUCGCCCUUGUUUUACUGCCAGGCUGUGGACUCUCUUCAUAGAUACUGCCAUUAGCCUUCCAGUUUUCCAUCAACAUCAUUCCCUGAUAUAAACUCUGACAGCUAUAUAUUUUUAUCCUUUUAACUUUUUUUUUAAUUGUUAUAAUCCAAAUCUGAAAGGGGGCGGGGAAUAAUGCAGAAUUUCUCUAACAGUCCAGCUCCACCCCCCAUCCCCCCUGGCUUUAGCGGGAGGAGUGUGGGCGGACCUCCAUAUACCCCUCAGCCAGCAGAGCCUCAGAUCUCUCCCAGGAUGACGGAUGAUUACGUCAGCAUGCAGCAGCAGAGCCUGCACAGAGGCCUUCACCACCCGAGUCAAGCCAGCCACAUGCUCGCAUACGGUUCAAGAAACCGAGGCGUUUUGGAGCCGCCAGCACAGGGUAGCAUUCACAGCGGCAACAACAACAACCCCUACAGGAAGGAGGCUAUGGAAUAUUAUCUUUCUAUGGGUGGAAAGGACAGACACAGAAGGGGGGCUAUGAGUUUUGGGGGAGGGUUUGGAUACCCUAAUAUUGAUGGACAUAUACCUCACCAGUACCGGCACACCGGGUCUAGCGCUGCCUCGUCAUCUGGUCUGAUAUCUCCAUACCCAGUGGACUAUGGCCCUGGUGCUGGUUCAGGUGGAGGUGCCGGAGCAUUCUCUCCUUCUCAUCAGUACAAUAUCAAUCAGAACGCUGCAAUGCAGUCAGUGCCAGCUUCUCAGAUGCAACAGCGCCAACAUGGGCAGACCUUUCCAGCUGUCCACCCUGGACAGCAGCAUAGGAGCUACUCACACUCUGGGCACAGGAUGACUCCACAGUACCCGCAUUACUCCCCACCGGGAGGGCCAUCCACGGGGUCAUCGGGAAUGUACAGCCCCCCACUACAAAGAUAUCUUGAUGGAGCUKCAAACACAGGGUUCGAUCCCAAAGUCAACAGCUCUCCUAGUGUCAACGCCAGUUCAAAUUCAGUCUCUACUUCAGUUGCUGCUAACAACAUGGGGUCAGUGGAAAAUGUUCAGCAGAGUUACCAUGCUUCAAAUUAUCCUGGAUAUCCCCCACAGGCUCAUUCACUUCAGAAGCAAGCCACACUACAGCACCGCAACUCACAGCACAGCUUAGUAGUAGGUUACGACGGUUCCCUUAAGAUGUCCCAUCAGGGUCCAUCCCCUGGUUCCGUUUAUGCUAAACAUCAUCCAGCCCCCAAUCCUAGCAUAGCCCAAGCAGCAUCUCAAGAAGUAUCGAAAUCCCCGAUGCAUCCUAACGCACAGCAGAUGAAUCAAAACUUUAGCCCCAUAUCCAAUCCUUCUCCAGUUGCUUCUGCAGUGCAUUCCCCAACAUGCAGCUCCUCUCCCUCCCCUUUGAUGGGUGCUUCAGAGGCACAUGGAAACCCCGCAGGUCACGGUCCUUCACACCCAUCAUCAAAUGCCCGUAGCAGCCACAGCCACACUCGGUUACUGCAGACCGCGCCUCAGUUAAGUCCGACCCCCAACUCCAACAGCAGCAUCAGUAGUUGUGGUAGCAGUGGCAGUCAUAAAGCUCACAGCCUGACCGCAGUUGGAGGGUCCGGCCUUCUUCCGAUUGGCCGAAACAAAACGGGAGCCACUGGAGUAAAAUCUCGAGACGAAGGCCCCUCUGUUUACUCGCUUUCUUCAUUUGACAAGACGCAAGAUGCUGGCCUGAAUAGUCUUAAUGCCUUGAGCUCACAAGUAGCCAAUUUACCAAACACAAUUCAGCACAUGCUCAUCACUGAUACCGUGUUCUCACACARGAAAAAAGAUGGCGGGCAACAGGCAGUGCACAGCAUGCCCCAGUCACAACCAAAGAGUCAGAACGCAAGCUCAGCGUCGAGUGCUAAAGAUGGAGGUGGAGCUGGUGAGGGUGGGAGCUCAGAUGCUGGUCCUGAUGAAGACUCCUCUGUGAUUCCUGUUGGAGGCUCAUUAGGGACCAAAGAAGAACGAGAGGAGCAGUUUUUUGAGGCAGAACAUAUUCGAGUGAGGCAGAUGAGUGGUGCAAGCAGUGGGUCAGAAGCAACAGGCUAUAAUCAAACACAGACAGGACACGCCUCAAAAACUGUCCCCUCCAACUCACAGUCAGCGGAAGCAGUUGUCACGGAAACAAAAACAAAAGAAACUCACAUUCCUUCAUCAUCGUCAUCUCCAUCAACACCUCCUGUUUCCUCCUCCCCGUCGUCCACCUCCUCUAGUAUUCCUCCUGCCACGGCGCAGAAUUGUGUCCCAGAAUCUGGUCUGACACAUGGUGGCCACAGAGGCAGAGCAAUCAAGACUGAAAGUGAUGCUGCAGCUGAGAAAACCCAGAGUCUCAGCAAGCAAACACAGCAAGAUGGAGACAAGCGAACAAAAAAUGGCCAGGACAAGGAAAACAUGUUACACUCUGAAUGUAAAUCGCACAAUAAAAAGAGGGAGGAAAAAGAUGGGUUAGAGGAGCAGCAGAAUACUGGUAGUGUUGGUGUGAUUGUUUCAGCUCGUACUGAGGACAGUUACACUGAAAGAAAUAGACAUUCCCAAGAUAAUUGUGUAGAAGAGAAACGGCUAAGUAUUUAUUUAAAAGAGUCGAGCAGUCAUAACGGGGAGGAAGGUGUCGAUUUGAGUCUGAACUCCUCCCACCAUCAGAAAUCAAACUCUGGAAGGUCGCAGAAUCCCCCACUGUCUGGAUCACAUAAAUACAGCUAUCCGGAAUCAACAUGUGGCUCAGAUUUGUCCAUGAAGAACAGAGUGAGGGCUGGCUCGGUGGGCGUAAUGGAAACAAAUCCCAGAUAUUUAUCGUACCAGCACUCACAAACUGGCUACGGCCCCGCACACCCAAAAGAUGCAGGUUCUGGGCUCGAGGCUUUGGCAAAGAAAGGUCAGCUGGGAGCUAAAUCUCAGGAGGAGACCUCACAGAUGCAGCAGUUCCCCAGCCUUUUGCAAGAAGUUCUUCAAGGUUACAAUUUAGACAGACGCUAUGUGAGACCAGAGCAGGCGUUUUCUGCACAUCAUCAAGUUCAGCAGCAGUUUUCAACCAGAAACGCUUUCGACAUGGCUGAGAGUACAAGGAUGCACGGAGAGAGUUCUGCUUAUUCUGCUCAAAUGAGUCGCUCUGGAAAGCAGAAACACAGACAUGUGCCUGAUUUUUCUGCAGAUUCUUUAGUGAAGUCAGAAAUGUCCAGUGCUAAAAUUCCUCAAAAUACUGACAAACCUGAUGUGGUUGUAUCCCAGAGUCAUUUACUACAAGCUGCAGAGUCUCAGCAACCUCCUGCAAAGCAUAUCAACCUGUCUGAUUACUCCCUGACACACAGAAAAACACCUCAUGUGACUACUGCUUCCUCUGCCGUGCAGGAGCUCCUCCUGCAAGAGCCGGAGCCACUAACGAACGCCGCUGGUCAGAGUAAGCCUCUGAAGUCAUCCAUUUCUGGGUUGGCCACAUCAGAGAGGCGCUCUGUAAUCUGUGACGUGUCGCCAAACCGAAGCAGCACACCGGAGCGGGACAGGGAGGGAGGCAGGGGGACCGAACAGGAGAAAAGUCAAAGCAGCACCUCUGUGAUUCAGCAGUCGUUUUCCUCUCCAGCUGCGCCCAGUGAUCUUAGCAAAAGAGAUAAAGGAGAAAAACAUGUUGUGAAAAUGGAAAUGACUUCAAAAGACAUCGGAGCAGGACCUGUAAAUCUACAAAUUGAGCGUAAUCACGGCGGUGGAGGGGUAAAUGAAGCAGACAUUGAGUUUUUUUCCAAGCCGUCCCAUUCGUCAAGUGGAAUUAGCGCUGACCCCUACAGGAGAGGCGGCGUCGAUAUUAUCCCCAUGCCCUCUCAUUCAUUGAGCACAAAUGCUUUAUCUUCACCACCACGGCAUCAUUCAUAUCUUCACGGUGUCGAUCUAUCAGCUGGAAGUGGCAGUUCAUUUCCUGGAUAUCGAUAUGGGGAAACGAGAGAGGGAAGCAUGUCUCGCAGUUUUCCCUCUCCUCACCCGUACCACCAUUUACCCCCUCAGGCUCAAAGCACAAAUAAGCUUCAGAUGUAUCCUCGCGGCCCCCCUCAUGCUCCCCACGACAUGAGUGACUGGGUGAAAGCAAUGAGCAGGCCUUCGAAGGAGAUGAUGAUGCAGCUCAGCUCUUCUCCUGGAAGACAUAAAGGCAGUCAGUUGGAGCAGAAACCCAGAGGUGUCUCCCAAACUGAUGUACCAAGUGAAAGCAAACCUCAUUCACUUCAUCAUCAAAGUGCUUACUACGAUAUGAAGAUGUGGGACUCAACACACCAAGGAAGAGAGGGGGCUCGAAUGAUUGAAGGCGACACUUACUAUAGAACACAAGCUCCUCCCCCCUCCCCCGUUCCUGCUCCAGCUCCUGUAGGUCCACAAGCUCCUUUGCAUGCAGCUCAUGGUCAAAACGAACUGGAAGUCUCUAGAGGUGCUACAGAAGGGGCCAAACAUCCCUGUCCACCUCCUGCCUCCAGCUCCGCAAAACCCCCUGCUGACAUAAACUCCACUCAGCCACAGCGUCCAGCAAAAUCUUGUGGAUCAGGAGACACGAAUCCUCUGAUGUUAAGAAGGAAGGUUCGCUCAUUUAUUUCUCCCAUUCCUGCCAAAAGACUACACCAAGAUUCACCCCAGCAGAGAGCUGCCACAAAUUCUCAUCACUCCCCCGGGGCUCUGUCGGAGUCUGGCCAUCAUCACAAUGAAGAUGACUCAUCCAGCUCGGAUGUGCCGUGUCCCCGACUUUCAUCCCCUCUGCCAGGGGAGAACACCUUCCUACAACCCCUGUCUCCACCCAGCGGCAACGCAAAGGUUCUUUCUGCCAGAAAAGGACGAGGUUUGAAGCUAGAGGCGAUAGUGCAAAAAAUCACCCCCAAUAUUAAAAAACCGACAGGCUACACUGAUGAUGAGUCAAAUCAUUUCUCGGCCUUCUCACACUCAGAAAUCCCAAGAUUCAAUGAUUCACAWGACCAAGACUUGGCGCAUUUCCCCAGAGUUACAGCAGGAGAAGAGAGUUACAUGGAUGACAGUCAUUCAUUAAACGACCUGAUUCCCUUCAGAGGAGUUGAUGAAACUGGACCUUUACCUCCACCUGUUUAUCCUUGUGAUUCCAAUCAAUCAUCUCAAAUCCUCAAACAACAAGAUUUUGACUUCGGAUUAGGGGCUGGUGUGACAUCAGCAUCUGGUGAUAAGGAGGACUUUGCUCUGCUCGGACCUUUACCUCCUCCUCCACCUCUUCCCCGCCCCGUCCAAGCUUCCCCGCCUCCUUCUUCAUCUGCCCUGUCGGACAUUCAGCAUUUCACCAACACGUACCAGCAGCUCGAGACUCGUAAGGGAGAACAGUCUGCUGCCAACCUUCUCCGGCAAAAACUUCAAGAAACCGGCAUGGGAUUUGAUGACUACCCCAGCAGUGACUACUACGGAACCACCCCGCCUCAUCAAGGACACAUGCUGAGCAGGCAGCAUCAGAUGUCCUCUGGAAGGUCCAGUCUGUCUCCCCAAGAUUCAAAGCCAUUAGAAAGUGUUGUGCCCAAGGGUUAUUUCCCAUCUGGCAAGAAAAAGGGCAGACCCGUGGGGAGUGUGAAUAAGCAAAAGCGAGCUCAGAACCAAGGCCAACCACAGGCCCAGGCACAAGUCCAGACUCCAAGCACGCCUCUAAGUGAUCCCCCAGCCCCGCCCACUCCAACUCCGGCAGCUGCUUUGACCCCACCGAUAGUGGAGACUAACAGCAGCACGUUACCCUCAACAACAGAGCCUACUCCAGCUGAAAGUACAAACAGUCCUUCGCUAGCCCCGCCCAUUUUAACCCAGGUGGUGAAGGUAGAUGUUGAGAGUGAGGACACGCAGCCAGAGAUUGAGGUGAAGCCGGCUCGACGCCGACGUCGAGGAGCAAAAGAUGGAGAUAUGCCACUAGGAACGAGGGGGCGCCAGAGAAGGAGGAGGAGAGGAGCAGUGACUACAGCACCGCCGCUGAUGACCAAAGGUGACCCAGAUACACCCCCAGAGGCUGGAGCGGCCUUGACAACAAACAGAGUUUUCGUGGAUCCUAACAGAAAAGGCAUAUUUAUCCCUCACAUACAUGUGGAGAAAAAAAUUCCAGAGAUUGGAGCGGUGUGUUCUAUUGUGAACGCCGAGGAGGACAAGACAAAAGGGGACCGUGGUGCAGUCGGAGGGAAAACCGGUGGAACGGAAUCUCUCCUCUCCUCGGCUGUUUCCUCCCAGUUAUCGAGGAGAGACAAAGAAGCAGAAAAAUGGGAGGCAGAUGAAGUGGAAACUACACUUCAGUCAGGAAAGGCGCUUCCUUCAUCUGGUUAUGUUGUUUCAGGCCCUGUGAUUACAGAAACCAAUCACUCUGGCCGCCUGCUCUGCUGCCUGUGUCAGAAGUGGGCGAACUACAAACACCUCGGAGAUCUCUACGGGCCUUUCUAUCCAGCUGAAUAUGCUGCAAAGCUCCCCAAGAACCAGCCUCAGAUCAGACAGUGUCAGGCCACCACCGGCACAAACAAAACUGGACCAAACUCAGACACAAGCUCAAAUGCUACGAGUGUUAUCCAAGACACACAAGCUCAACAGUUCUCCAAGGCCUCAGCAGAAAGUGACUGUGCCACUGACAUCAGUUCAAACCCAGCACCUCUCCCCCCUACAAUCAGAUCUGCCUUCUCAGCUGGAAAAGAGACAGUCAGCAGCUGCAGCAGCAGCACCUCGUCACCUUUCUCCUCCACCACCAUUAAAACCCCUCUGAGCUGGGAUGGAGAUCAUUCCCUUCGACCUAUCCCUGAGCUUAAACGGGAGACGGACCUCCAAAGCGACCAAGCGCAGGCGCCCAAACAGCCGACGGAUGACACUCAGCAGCGGCCUCAGCACAGAAAGCUGACUUCACAUCCCCGCUUUAAACGGAGGCACAAGUCCAGCGAGGAAUCCCCCCGAAUGGUGCCAUCCAACAGUAAAGCAUCCCUGCCKUUCCAGCCCCCUCCUCCUGCCUUGGAUUCCCUGGGACCCUUGGCACAACUCGCACAGCUGCCUCAGAUGCCCAUGGACCCAGAAGAGCUGUGGGUGCAUGAAGGAUGUAUAGUGUGGACCAGUGGUGUUUACCUCGUCAAUGGGAGACUGUACGGUUUACAGGAGGCACUAGAUGGUGCCAGAGAAACAAGCUGCUCAUACUGUGAGAUGAUUGGUUCAACCCUGGGCUGCUACAGUAAAGGCUGCACACUUCGUUACCACUACCUAUGUGCUAUAGAAGCAGAUUGUUCUCUGAAUGAAGAUAAUUUCUCACUGAGGUGUCCGAAGCACAAGGUAAAGAAGGAAAGUUUAGCCAAGGCAUCCAGCCAGCCCAGCCAGUGUCUGUGGAGCAGUCAGAGAGAGGCUGAGAGAAACGGUGAGGAAGAGGAGACACCAGAGUCUGGGAGCUGUUAACUUGGACUUCUGAAGAUGAGAGGGAAAUGUGGGGAAAAAAAUGGACUGGACUGGCGUUUUGUCACGGAGAACAAUUUAAGGGAAUGUACAAUUUAUCAAAUGGAAUCAGCAUUAUUUACGUUUAAGACGACGUAGAAAAAACUUUUUUUGUUAAAAAAAAUUGAGAACUGGUUCUCUUUACUUAAAAGUGAAAAAAAAAACAACAUGGACAAAUGACGCAGAGGAACGUAGCUGCAAGGAAAAAACACUGCAACGAUCAAAAUGGGAUGAAAUGAGACGAGGAGGAAUUAAAGCAACUUUGCUGAAAAGAACAAAAAGAAACAAACUUCCUCUCUAGGGUUAAAGUGUUCAACUCAUCAUUUUGUUUUUUUGUUUUUUGUUUGUUUGUUUGCUUUAAGAUUUAUUGGGAGCAAAUUCAGUGUCAAACCCAGAAAUGAAAAGACGAGGAGUAUUUUAUCUUUUGUGGUGUUAGGAAGACCAGUUAUCAUUUUAGUCCUCAUUAUUAUUAUUAUUAUUAUUAUUAUUAUUAUUAUUAUUACUGUAUCCGCAUCAGUAUUUACUCAUGAGAAUGAAACGAUGUAUUUCGCUUUUUAUUAAGUCAAUGCAUGAGUUGGAUUUUUUUUUUCCAAAUUUUAUUUWAUUUUUUUAAUUCCUGGUGAGAGAAGAGCCGGAGAGAUGAUGUUUGGAAUGUCAGGGUCCAGUUUGCCACAAAGACAUUAUUGCCUUGGAGAAUGGACAUCUGUUGCCUUUUAAAAAAAUCACAACAAAAGAAAACAAAAACCACAAAAAAAAAAGAAGAAAAACUUGUGUAUGAGUGCAAAAUGAGUGUGUGUGUGUGUGUGAGAGAGAGAGAGAGUGAGAGAGGAAAUAUCUGGGUCUUUGGUUCCAUUUUGGUCCUUUUUGAAAAGUGUUCUUAUUUUUCAUCACUUGGAGUUUUUACGGUACAGAUAAUAAUCAUGAAAAAAAAACAGAUGGACGGUUUUAUUUUUCAAGUGCAAAAUGUUCAUAAGGUUCAAAGACGGAGAGAACACUACAGACUAAUGUGUAAGAGAACAGUUUCAACCACGCAGGACUCCGAGGAGCUGAAACUACGAUCUGCACGAACAGUUACGUUUGAAAACCCCGUGGGACUUUGUCAGACAGUGAUGGAGCUGAACUUUGGAACACUGUCUUACGAAAAAUGCAUCCCAGGUUAAUGUGGAGCGAGCCGAACCAAGUACAUUGGAAAGUGGGCCACGUGGCGGCAAAAGACUCGGAAAGAUGCAAAAACUGUUGCCAUCAAAUUUUAAAGUGAGUCAUACAUGGUGUCGUCUUUGUCAUUUUUUAUCGUUAUUCUUGUAAAAAAAACUGAAAAAACGUCAAGCUGAAAGAUGACGGUUACUCUAUCAAAACCAUGCUGUAUUAGAAACCUGUCWAUAUGUAUAUGAAUUAUGAAUACACCUAAACUUGCUUCAACUCUUUCUUUUUCUUAUGACCCUCCCCCCCACAUUUAUUUGCUGUUUUGAUUUGCAGUUUCAUGCGAAUAAAUCUCAGUCAUAGAAAAA